AUGGUGACCUCGCCGCCGGUGACGGUGAGGGCGGUCGCCUGCGCUCUCACCCUGACCCCGUCAUCACGGCUGAGCCGCGCCUGCCUCGCACAGCGCCGCCGCCGUCGGCGGCCCCCUCGAUGUAGCAGGAAGCAAGCCGUGGUCGAGGAGGAAACAGCUUCUACGCGGAAGGCCAAGAACGGGGAAGGGGACGAGGGGCGCGGGGCGCAGGGCGCAGGGCUGCUGUUUAAUGUGCCCUUGCUUAACGUGACCACAUCCUUCGUUGCUGAGCAGCAGGCAACGGAUGAUGGUUUCAGUGGGACAAGAGAAGUUCUACUUAGGAUAUGGCUUCCAAGGUCUCCUGAGGAGUUGACCCCGAAUAGGAAGUUUCUUCCCGCAGUAUCAACAUCGUUGGCUUUAGCUGCUGGAAUUGGGCUGAUGGAAACUGUGGCACUGAUUUUUGGAUCGGGGACACUAAUGGACAUGAUCGGCAUUCCUAUUGAUUCCCCAAUGCGAAUACCAGCUGAACAAUUUCUUACAUUUAGGGCAUAUGGUGCUCCACCGAUCGUGGUAGCACUUGCUGCACAGGGUGCAUUUCGUGGGCUCAUGGAUACGAAAACACCUUUAUAUGCUGUGGUGUGGCUGACAAUUUCUCUUCUCAAUGAUGCAUUAGCUCUUGUUGGGAAGGCUCUACUUGCAAGUGAAUAUGCGAAAAGGAAUUACAAGCAAGCUCGUUUAGUUUUAUACAGAGUUCUGCAGAUUGGAGGUGUAACUGGACUUGCACUAGCUGUGGCUCUGUUCUUUGGAUUUGGGUCUUUCUCUGUGCUGUUCACAAAUGAUCCGGCAGUUUUAGACAUUGCCAAAUCUGGAGUCUGGUUUGUCACUAUUUCUCAGCCAAUAAAUGCUAUUGCGUUCAUGAUCGGCGGGCUGUACUAUGGCGUGUCUGACUUCGCCUAUGCUGCAUACUCUAUGGUUAGGGAGCAAAGGUGGACCAUGGAAGCACAUCUGGUCAGAUACUGA